CUCCAAAAUGUAAUUCUCUUCAAGCCUGGCAGUGAAAACUGCUGCUGUAACCUGAAUCCAGUUCCAUCCAUGGCUGCUGAGACACCCGACAGCCCCAGAGGACAAACUUCCCCGCCCCUGCUGCCACCCACGCCCAUGGACCCUGCCAGCUCCCGGACAGAGCUUUACCAACAGCAGGGAACUUUCUCUCAAGACCUUCCUCAUUCUUAUCGAACCCCGAAUCUUCUCUUUGUUCUUCAAAGACACGCAGUUUGUGUGUAUGCCCCUGUGAAAUUGAAUGAAUCAAACAUAAAGCCUUUGAAAUUGUGAAUUAUCCUGAGCCUUGAAGGAAAUGUGGCUAUACGGCAUAGGUCAUGCCACACGCAGCUGCAACUUCUGCCUUUUUCCCUGUAAACAAUAAAGACCAAAUGGCACCGGAGAUAAGACCCCCUCAGAUCACUACCCCUCCUCAUGGAGUCAUAACGCAAUCUUCCUUCAAAUACAGAGAUCCCUAACCAAUGGAACCGCUGCGGCGUGUGCCCCUGGUCUCAUAUGAGAACUGUGGUGAUCCUGCUGGAGCUUCUGUCUCUGCCUGGUAAGUGAAACCUGAGCUUCUCCACUUGGAAACGCUGACCCCAUUUGUCUGCAGUCAGUGCCUUCCCGGGUGGCCAUCCUCAAGCUCUGCACUCAAAUACACACUAUAGGUAAUCAGAUUUUCUGAAUCUCAUUAUUUGCAGUUGACACCUGAAUUGCAAUGCUUUCUUCCCAAAUAAAACAUUAAAUUUGGAGAGUCAUCUCUACAUUUUUGACUCUGACAUCUCUAAAGACCAUUUUUCAUCAAAAUAAACCAGGGCUUUUUUUUUUUUUUUUUUUUUUUUUUUUUUUUUUUUUAGACAGAGUCUCACUCUGUUGCCCAGGCUGGCGUGCAAUGGCAUGAUCUCAGCUCACUGCAACCUCUGCCUCCCAGGUUUCAAGUGAUUCUCAUGUCUCAGCCUCUGGAGUAGCUGGGAUUACAGGCGCACGCCAACACAGCCCGCUAAUUGUUGUAUUUUUAGUAGAGACAGGGUUUCAACAUGUUGGCCAGGCUGGUCUCAAACUCCUGUCUUCACAGGAUCCUCCCACCUCAGCCUCCCCAAGUGCUGGGAUUACAGGUGUGAGCCACUGCGCCCAGCCCAAACCAGGGCUUCUUGAUGAAAUCAUGGAUUCCAACUGUGACCUAGAAAUGCCCAAGGUGAGUUUAGCCGUAAUGUUGGUAACUGGGCUGGACAUAGUGGCUCCCAUCUAUAAUCCCAGCAUUUUGGGAGGCCGAGGUGGGAUGGUCACUUGAGCCCAGGAGUUCACAACCAGCCUGAGCAACAUAGCAAACCCUGUCUUUUAUACAAAAGUAAAAAUAAAUUAGCCAGGUGUGACAGUGCGUGCCCGCAGUUGGAGGUGCCUGGGAGGCUGAGGUGGAUGGCUCAGUUGCACCCAGAAGGAUGAGGCUGCAGUGUUGGGCAACCCAGCCUGGGCAACACAGUGAGACCCUACCUCUAAAAAACAUUUUUUAAGUAGUAACUGAAAGGCGGGUAAUAGUGGUAGGCAAGGCGGGGAUCAUUAUAUUAUUCUACUUUUAUUUAAAAUAUCCUUUAGAAUUGUUAUAAAAAGACUACUUAUCUCAAUUUUUACCUAUCAACCACUACUUUAUUUCAAAUACUGAGCCCAUGUAUCAGCUACCAAACCUGAACUCUUGUGGCAGAAACUGCAGAAGAAAAUUUCAGGAGCCUGUUUCUUGUGCCAAGGGGGAAGCUAGGCCCUGUGGCCUGAGUCAUGCAGCACGUUUGCAACUUCAGCUUCUUGGACUGGUUAGGCUGACAGGUGACCACACAGCCUCUUGUUCUUGUUUUGUAAAUGACUAGGAGAGACCAGAGACCAGACUUCCCCGCUUCCCAUUACUGAUCUUUGCUGUGGACCAGCCGCCUCCUUCAUUGUCCUGUGCAUCUGUCCUAACUCAGACUAGAUGGCACGACGACCCCGUGACGUAGUCCGUGUGGAACGCCAAACAUACCUUUCCCAAUAGGAAAAGACCACCUUGGCUAAUCGGAGCACAGUAACUGUGCAUUCACCCUCAGAGACAAAGAUGCUGGAAUUGUGUUAAGUUUCCCUAAACUUCAUCUAUAGAAAUGAUCCCAAACUGCUACAUUUCAGAACACCGACUUCUGUUCUUUGGAAUCUGUGCUUCCUGGGCGGCCUGUCCUCAAACUUUGCGCUUGAAUAAUCUCUCUUUAAAGUAGAUUCUGACUCUUGAUUAUUUUAGGUUAACAAUGUCUUCAGGGAAAUAUAUUCCACACUAAAUUCCUAACUUAAAAAAAACAAAGAAAAGCUAUAAAAAAGUGAAAAAAAAAAAAAAAAGGUCAGGCGCGGUGGCUCAUGCCUGUAUUCCCAGCACUUUGGGAAGCCAAGAAGGGUGGAUCACUUGAGGUCAGGAGUUCAACAGCCUGGACAACAUAGUGAAACCCUGUCUCUACUAAAAACACAAAAAUUAGCUGGGCAUGGUGGUGCAUGCCUGUGAUCCCAGCCAAUUUUUAAAAAAUUGGCCAGGUGUGAUGGUGUGCACCGGUAGUCCCAUCUACUUAGGACGCUGAGGUGGGAAGGCCGCUUGAGGCUGCAGUGAGCCUUGAUUCCAACACUGCACUCCAGCCUGGGAGACCGAGAGAAAUCCUGUCACAAAACAAAACAAAACAAAAAAGAAAGAAGGGGGAAGAAAAGAAAAAGGAAAGAAUCAGAAAAAGAAGAAAAAAAGAAAAAGAAAAGAAGGGAGGGAGGGAGUAGGGCAUCACUUUGUCUAAAUAAUUGUAACCACAAAGAAGUGGAGACAGGUAAAGUAGAUAGAUGAGUAUGGCCAGAGCAUGGGGCAGCAGCAGGAAAGGAAAGAACAGAUAUGUAUGGUUUGAACUAGAUGAGUGUUUCUGAGCCUUUUUUUGAUAAAUGCCCUCCCUCCGUUCUGAUACACACUUUAGGACACAGUGUGGGAAUCAUGUCAUCUCUGAACCUCCUUCAACAAAGAUUUUGUCCAGCAUUAGAUUCUAUUUUUGCAUUGUUAAGCAGGUUUUUGUUUUGCACCACAAAACUGUAAUAUUCAGUAUGCUUGUUCAAACACCUCUCCCACUUUCUAAACCCUACUUCUAGCCUCCUUAAGAAGCAGUGGAUCAGAGGAGUCCCUGAAUUUAAACCUCCAGAGCUUCGCGUAAUUGUCUCAUUCCACUGCAGGGGAGAAAAUAUAAUUUCUCUUCUUUCUCUCUUUAUUAGUUGAGACAUUCUCCUGAAAACAAAAUUCAGAGCAACAGGAGAAACAAGCAGAAGUUUAUUAGCACUUGCUGUACCCAUCGUGUGAGAGGCCUCAGUUCAGAAGUAUUUCUCUCUCAAGGCAUGUUGUGAACAGCACAAGGUCAGACAUAACCAGGUCCACACACGUUUAUGUCUUUCCACAAGGUGGGAAUAUAUUGAUGCUAUUUCAAUUAUAAAAGCCACGAGCUACGAGGAGUUGCCUCGAGACAAUUCCCUUCAGUACUACUUGUUAACUUGGUAGAGCCAUGGGCAGAGGCUCAAGCCACUCCACGUGUCAGUCAAUACUGCAAACUAUACAUCAUAGUGUACUUAAAAUACAAACACUAUGGUUUAAACAUUCCCCAUCAAACAAAGUAACAUUGGACAUCAAGAGAAAGAGGAUAGGAAAAGGGGUUAAUGGAUCAAUCCAAGGAAAGCAAUGACGGGAACAAGGAGUGUAUUCCAGCCUGAUCCAGACAGAAGUCACUGUCUUCCAAGGAAGUCUUUGAUGUGAGCAGAUCCUUAGGCAGCAGAUGCAGGGUGCUAAGCACAAGUGACAGCAAGGUGGGGUCUAUCAAAAUGCCAGUGUUGAAUUGGUCAAAUCCCACCCUUUUUAAGGUCACAGUCCUCUGGUGAGGACUGAUAGUCAGUGCCUGGUCCUGUCUUUAUCUGGCUGAGUGCUGUCUCUAUUAACUAGGUGCACAUCCAGUCCCCGUUGCUAUGAUGCCUUUUGAAAUGUAAGAUUAAAUCUUUUUCUAAGAUGUAGGUACUUAUGCGACGGGUGCUUUAUACAAAGCAGUAGCGUAGGGGCCUUAAUUAAAUAGUAUUUUAACAAAAGGCCAUAAAUCCUAUAUGAUGACAAGCCAAAAAACAGAGCAUCUUCAGACUUCUAAAAUGCAGGAGCCAGGCGCCGUGGCUCAGGCCUGUAAUCUCAGCACUUUGGGAGGCCGAGGCGGGUGGAUUGCUUGAGGUCAGGAGUUCGAGACCAGCCUGGCCAACUGGUGAAACCCCGUCUCUACUCAACAUACAAAAUCAGCCGGGCGUGGUGGCACGUGCCUGUAAUCCCAGCUACUUGGGAGGCUGAGGCAAGAGAAUCGCUUGAACCCGGGAGGCGGAGGUUACAGCGAGCCGAGAUCGCGCCACUGCACUCCAGCCUGGGCGACAGAGCGAGACUCCGUCUCAAAAAAAAAACAAAAAAAAAACCACAAAGUGCUCGACAGGAACCUUCUGUAAGCCAAAGAGUAUCGCCAUCGCACCUUCACCUUCACCUUCACCUUGGGCAGCCUGGUGCCGUCUUCCCUCAGCCUGCGAUUAACGAGCGGAAGGCCGCACUGACCCAUUUCAGAUCCCUUAUUUCCUUCCUAAAACCACUCAAGAGUUUGGGCACAGUGGCCUCCCUGUGUGAGGAACUUGCUUCCCACUCACCAAAAGACAAACCCUUCGCCCAUCCCUGGCCGCGCACCCGGCCGGUCACCCGCGCUGCCACCCAGACCACCCUCCUGUCCAUAAAGAGCCCGCGUUUGGGACUCCUCGCAGGCUGAAGGGAGGCCUGGGCGUCCGCGCUCCGUCUGCCCUUUCUCCCCUCGCGGGCUUCCUCUUUCCUCACUUUCUCCCGCCACUACUCUUCCUCUUCCUUUUCCGCGAACCCAGCCCACUUCCCGUUUCAGGACCUCGGCUCGGCCCCAGUCCCCCGGACCAGGCCGGGUCACGUGGGUCCAGGGUCACGUGCCGCUGCGGAUCACGUGUCGGCCUGCAUCACGCGUGAGGGGGCGCGCGGUGCUGGAAGCUGCCGCACCUGCGGGGAGCCGAGCCGCCGGCGCUCGACGCGCGCGCUCUCGCGAGACCCGCGGGAUCACGUGACGCCCGGGCGCGGCGCAGCUCACGUGACAAGCGCUGCCGGCCGCGGGGUCUUCUUCGUGCCGGCGUCGCAGUGGCCGGGCCUCUUGCGUCUGGUAACGCCGCUGUCUCUAACGCCAGCCCUUGGCGCCCGCGCCCCGCCGCCGCAGCGCCCGGCAGUCCGCGGCCCAACCGCCGCCCGCGCCCCCGCUCCCCGCACCGUACCCGGCCGCCUCGCGCCAUGGCGGCCCCCGGCAGCGCCCGGCGACCCCUGCUGCUGCUACUGCUGUUGCUGCUGCUCGGCCUCGUGCAUUGUGCGUCAGCAGCAAUGUUUAUGGUGAAAAAUGGCAACGGGACCGCGUGCAUAAUGGCCAACUUCUCUGCUUCCUUCUCAGUGAACUAUGACACCAAGAGUGGCCCUAAGAACAUGACCUUUGACCUGCCAUCAGAUGCCACAGUGGUGCUCAACCGCAGCUCCUGUGGAAAAGAGAACACUUCUGACCCCAGUCUCGUGAUUGCUUUUGGAAGAGGACAUACACUCACUCUCAAUUUCACGAGAAAUGCAACACGUUACAGCGUCCAGCUCAUGAGUUUUGUUUAUAACUUGUCAGACACACACCUUUUCCCCAAUGCAAGCUCCAAAGAGACACGCUGUGAACAAGACAGGCCUUCCCCAACCACAGCGCCCCCUGCGCCACCCAGCCCCUCGCCCUCACCUGUGCCCGAGAGCCCCUCUGUGGACAAGUACAACGUGAGCGGCACCAACGGGACCUGCCUGCUGGCCAGCAUGGGGCUGCAGCUGAACCUCACCUAUGAGAGGAAGGACAACACGACGGUGACAAGGCUUCUCAACAUCAACCCCAACAAGACCUCGGCCAGCGGGAGCUGCGGCGCCCACCUGGUGACUCUGGAGCUGCACAGCGAGGGCAGCACUGUCCUGCUCUUCCUGUUCGGGAUGAAUGCAAGUUCUAGCCGGUUUUUCCUACAAGGAAUCCAGUUGAAUACAACUCUUCCUGACGCCAGAGACCCUGCCUUUAAAGCUGCCAACGGCUCCCUGCGAGCGCUGCAGGCCACCGUCGGCAAUUCCUACAAGUGCAACGCCGAGGAGCACGUCCGUGUCACGAAGGCGUUUUCAGUCAAUAUAUUCAAAGUGUGGGUCCAGGCUUUCAAGGUGGAAGGUGGCCAGUUUGGCUCUGUGGAGGAGUGUGUGCUGGACGAGAACAACAUGCUGAUCCCCAUCGCUGUGGGUGGUGCCCUGGCGGGGCUGGUCCUCAUCGUCCUCAUCGCCUACCUCGUCGGCAGGAAGAGGAGUCACGCCGGCUACCAGACUAUCUAGCCUGGUGCACGCAGGCACAGCAGCUGCAGGGGCCUCUGUUCCUUUCUCUGGGCUUAGGGUCCUGUCGAAGGGGAGGCACACUUUCUGGCAAACGUUUCUCAAAUCUGCUUCAUCCAAUGUGAAGUUCAUCUUGCAGCAUUUACUAUGCACAACAGAGUAACUAUCGAAAUGACGGUGUUAAUUUUGCUAACUGGGUUAAAUAUUUUGCUAACUGGUUAAACAUUAAUAUUUACCAAAGUAGGAUUUUGAGGGUGGGGGUGCCGCUGUCUCUGAGGGGGUGGGGGUGCCGCUCUCUCUGAGGGGUGGGGGUGCUGCUCUCUCUGAGGGGGUGGGGUGCUGCUCUCUCCGAGGGGUGGGGUGCCGCUCUAAAUUGGCUCCACAUCAUUUGACUUUAGGGUUCUGGUGUUUGGUUUCUUCAUUCUUUACUGCACUCAGAUUUAAGCCUUACAAAGGGAAAACCUCUGGCCGUCACACGUAGGACGCAUGAAGGUCACUGGUCGUGAGGCUGACAUGCUCACACAUUACAACAGUAGAGAGGGAAAAUCCUAAGACAGAGGAACUCCAGAGAUGAGUGUCUGGAGCGCUUCAGUUCAGCUUUAAAGGCCAGGACGGGCCACACGCGGCUGGCGGCCUCGUUCCAGUGGCGGCAUGUCCUUGGGCGUCUCUAAUGUCUGCAGCUCAAGGGCUGGCACUUUUUUAAAUAUAAAAAUGGGUGUUAUUUUUUUUUUUUUUGUAAAGUGAUUUUUGGUCUUCUGUUGACAUUCGGGGUGAUCCUGUUUUGCGCUGUGUACAGUGUGAGAUCGGUGCGUUCUGAUGUCUCGCCGUGGCCUGGGGGUUGUACACAGGAGCAGCUCACGCCAUGCAUUGCCUGUAACAAUGUAAUAAAAAGCCUCUUUCUUUUU